UGAGAUUGAGACGAGGAUGAGAUUGUCAUGGAGACAGUGGUCACAUUCAUCCAAACCAAUGUAGACUUUGCAAAGUUUUUCAUAUUUUUGCUUUAGGGAAACAGUUCAGAAUGUAUGGAAGAGCACCAAGAGCCUUAACCGUUGCAAUAACAGGUACUGCCGAUGAUGUUGGGCCAGGAACCUACUGGCCAUUCGAUGGAGCUGCUAAAAAAGGUCUGACAGAUGGGUAUGCUCCAUUUCAAUCAAUGACAGCAAGAGAUUCAUUUCUCAAUGUGCCAGAUCAAGUGAUUGCUGCUCCUGGCCCAGGUCAAUACGAUCUAAGGAUUAAUGAAAAAGUUACAGGUGGGUCUACCCUUGGAGAUAGAGGACAGCGUUUCAUCAAAAAACGUGAAGAAGUACCAGGCCCAGGGUCCUAUAAUGUAUCAGAACAAACUGCUUGGCAAAGGAAUAAGUUGCUUUCAAAAAAAGAUGAUGCGCAUCACAAAAGAGUAACAUAUCUCAGGAAACCUGACCCUCCAAGUAUACCAACACCAGGCCAGGCCUAUGGCUAUCAUGAAGCUGCUGAUGGUUCACUUGAAAAGCAAAAAGUACCUCAUAGAGACAGAACACUUGGCCCUGCAUAUUACAAGGUUUUUGAUAGUGAAACAGAAGCUGUCAAAAGGUAUAGAGGAAUUCAUUUUGGAAAUCUAACUUCAAAAAGAGACAACUCAGAAGUAAAUCAUGGACCUGGUCCUGGGCAAUAUAACCCUUACAAAGGAAAGCCAAAAGCACCCAUUGAUUACGUAAUUGAAGAACAGAAGAAGCAGCCACUUGACUCAAAGCUGCCCAGAUAUCAUGAGCUGAUUGAAAUCACUGAAGAUAAAAAGGCUGUACCAGGUCCUGGGCAGUACGAAAUCAAGAGCCAAUUCAAUAAUAGUCCUGCACAACCAGCUGAUGCUGCGGACCGUCCUCCGUUUGGCUGUAGUUCAAACAGAUUCACAGAUGGAAAGAAAUUAAUGCCAGCUCCUGGCUCGUAUAAUGACCCGAGACAUGCUUUUGAAACACUAAACAGAUUGACUGGACUUAAAAGGAGCCCGUUUGGGCAAACAAGUCUUCGAUUUGAAAAGCAACAUCAUGUCAAAAGAACACCAGGCCCUGGAGCAUACAACCAUUUUGAUAUAGCGAAAGAAUCGCAACGAAAAGCAUAUUUGUCAAGUACGAGGAAGGGAGGUUUUGGAUCAACAACUUACCGGUCUGUCGAAUUAAGCAAAAAGGAUGCUGUCGCUAUUCCAGGCCCGUCCCAUUACCUCGUUGAGGACAAACAAACAGUGAAGAAACCCCAACAGACUUCUUCUGUUUUCGUUUCGACAACCAACAGACUACAAACCCCUACUCCAAUUGUAAAUGAUAUUCCACCACCUGGUUCAUAUGAAGUAAGCAAUUCUUAUGACAAAACGCAAGGAAGAGUUCUUUACCCAACAUGUCGGGCCGAGAACCCGUCCACCAGAGCUAAAGGCGCUUUCCUGUCAUCGACCAAAAGGUUUUCAAAGCCUCGUGAUGUCAUAAUAAAAUCUACAGAUCGAUAUAACCCUGGACCUGGAAAAUACGAAAUCAAAUCUUCAACUGCACCAGGUGGAUCUCUUGUGUCAAAGGAGCAAAGGUUCAAAAGCAAACGAAGCGACAUUCCUGGCCCUGGUGCUUAUGAGCUGAGUCCGUUAUUAAAACACACAGUUCUGAAAGGGACAUACAAUGCGACCUUGAAUAACCCAGCUGCACACACUUACGAAGAAAUGGAUUCAAGGACAAAAACUAAAAAUGUCUUGGCACUGUCUGCGUGAAAAUUAUUGGAAAAUUGAAAAUUGACCCCCUUGUUUAUGUGUCAAAGUGUGCCAUGAUUUACAUACAGUUAGUCAAUCGUGAUGCUAAUUAUCAUGAUUUAUUGUUAUUAAGACAAUAUGAUUGUAAUAUUACAAUAGUAAUGCAUUGUAUUUGCCACUGGAUUGUAAAUAUUAUUUUAUCCCUA